UAGUCACUGAUACGUUUCACAUAUCGUAACAUGAGAGAAAAUUCAGCUUGUUUAGAGAAUUAAUCAUUCAUUUCUGAGUAUUUGAACUAUAAGCAUUCGUUAAAUAAUUACGGGCUAGCCUCGGAGGUAGGAAGAGGUAGCGACGCACCUUUGAGGGGAUUAACGUAUAAUUUUGGUGUGAUUAUGGCGAAAAGAGCACAGCCUUCGUGGAGUCCGCCACGAAAAAGUGGCUCCGUACUUAAACUCUAUAAUAGUUUGACCCGGCAGAAAGAAGAAUUUAUUCCUCAGCAUGGAAAUAGAAUUUUGUGGUACAGCUGCGGACCUACGGUGUAUGAUGCAACACAUAUGGGACAUGCAAGGUCUUACAUAUGUUUCGACAUUCUGCGUCGUAUUCUUAACGACUAUUUUGGGUACGAUGUAUUGUAUGUGAUGAAUAUCACAGAUAUCGACGAUAAGAUCAUAAAGAGGGCGAGACAAAACUAUUUGUAUGAAAAAUAUUUAGAGCAGAAUCUUAGUCUUGACAAGGUUUUGGAGGAUGCAAAAAGCGUUAUGUCUGCUUUUCAAGAUACGGUAAAAACUACGACAGACUCUGAUAAAAAAAGUAUGUUGGAGAAGUUGUUGAGUAAAGUAAAGAGCGCCGUAGAAAAUCUUGAGGGAGCCGUCAAGGCUAACGAUAAUGCAAUGAUCAAAGAAUUCCAGGAGGACCUUUUAUUCCAAGCAAGGGAUCCGUUAUCUGAAUGGUUGGAUAAAGAAAAGGGUGCGAUGGUGACAGAGAAUUCGAUAUUCAGUAAAUUACCACAGUUUUGGGAAUCGGAGUACCACAACGACAUGGACGCCUUAAACGUCAUGAGGCCGAAUGUAUUGACGAGAGUCAGUGAAUACGUGCCAGAGAUCAUUGCAUAUAUUGAAAAAAUUAUAGCCAAUGGUCUAGCUUACGAAAGCAAUGGUUCGGUGUACUUUGAUGUCAGUGGAUUCGAUCAGCGUGAGAAUCAUCAUUAUGCCAAGCUUGUGCCGGAAGCUUACGGAGACACGGGCAGUUUACAGGAAGGAGAAGGAGAUUUAUGCAUAUCGCAGGAAAGACUGUCCGAAAAGAGGUCACCGAAUGACUUUGCUCUCUGGAAGAGCUCUAAAGCUGGCGAGCCAUGGUGGAAGAGUCCAUGGGGUAAUGGUCGGCCUGGGUGGCACAUAGAGUGCUCCGUUAUGGCUUCCGCCAUUUGUGGGGAGAGUCUUGAUAUUCACACCGGUGGAGUGGAUCUAAAAUUCCCUCACCACGAUAACGAGAUUGCUCAGGCGGAGGCAUACUUUGAUAAUUCCCAUUGGGUUCGGUACUUCCUACAUGCAGGUCAUCUGACGAUAGCUGGUUGCAAGAUGUCCAAGUCCCUUAAGAAUUUUGUUACGAUCAAGGAAGCACUGAAGAAAAACACUGCGAGACAACUUAGGCUGGCAUUUCUUCUUCAUUCUUGGAAGGACACGCUAGACUAUAGUGACAACACGAUGGAAAUGGCAGUUCAAUAUGAAAAGUUUCUAAAUGAAUUCUUCUUAAACGUAAAAUGUAGGAUUCGAAACAUAGGUACUGGCACGUCAAUUAAUACAUUCAGCAAAUGGAGCGAUCUUGAAGUCGAAUUGAACAAGAAAUUCUGCUCCGCGAAAGACGCCGUCCAUGUAGCAUUGUGUGAUAAUAUCGAUACAAGAACAGCUCUGGAAGCUUUUAGGGAUAUCGUGACCUAUUCCAACAUUUACAUGAAGGACUGCAAAACUCCAAACACCCUUUUACUGCGUGACAUCGCGGUUUACAUAACAAAAAUGUUAACAAUUUUCGGCACGAUUUCCUCGCACGAUGCUAUUGGAUUCCCCAUUGGCGAGGCUGUUAACAAUAACGUUGAGGAGACCAUCAUGCCGUAUUUAAACAUAUUGGCGGACUUCCGGGAGGUGAUCAGAAGUCAUGCGAGGGAUCUCAAGGCGACUAAUAUUUUAAAAGAGUGCGAUACAUUAAGGGAGGAUAUUUUGCCGAAUGUCGGCGUCCGUUUGGAAGACGGGGAAGACAAAGAUUGCAGGAUAAAGCUGAUGAACAAGGGAGACCUGCUGAAAGAAAAGGAAGCCAAGAAGAAGCUGGAAGCUGCGAAAAUUGCCGAGAAAGAGAGGAAGAAGGCAGAGCUAGCCUCGGCUAUUGCAGCGAAAGAAGCGAUGCGGAAAAUACCACCCAGUGAAAUGUUCAAACUCGAGAAGGAUAAAUAUUCCCGGUUCGACGACAAGGGCUUACCGACGCACGACAUUACGGGCAAAGAGAUCAGCAAAGGCCAGGUAAGGAAACUGCAGAAACAACAGCAGGCCCAGGAAAAGAGAUAUUCGGAGUACUUGAACGAUCUUCAGCAUCCGCAAAAACUGGAGAAUGGCGUAUAAAUAAAUUAUUUAAAUUAUUCGUCUUGACGGAAUUCUGACAUGGCCAACGACUGCAAAAAUGACUUAUGUGUAUAAGUAGCGAGAUACGCAGUGCGAUGUACCAGGAGUUUUUCUAUAAAUUAUUUAUAACUAGUCUCUCGUCAGACUACCAAACUAUCGUAAGGUAACGCCGACUAACUUAUGAAUUAUUUCACCUGCAGCGAUUGCAAGAUGCAUUUACGUUCUCGAAUAAAUUGAUUUUGGAAGUA